CAUUAAAAAUUGGCAGUGUUGUAGGCCUAUGUCAACAAAAACAUGUCUUCUGCCGAUGCAUUGGCUGGUGGUGAAGAGAAAAUAGAGCAGAAUUCAAAAGCAAAACUAACUCAAGUAGACCCUGCGUUAAAUGACAUUAUUUUAUAUUACUUUCCUACGUCCUAUUCUUCGCAAAAGGUUUUGAUAAGCUUCUUUGAAAAGAAGUUGAAGUUCAAGCCUUGCAUUGUGAGUCUCUUCCAUGGACAACACAUGGAACCCUGGUAUAUACGAUUGAAUCCAAACGGAGUUCAUGUUCCUGUACUUGUCCAUGGUGACACAGUAAUCAAUGAUCCAGAUCAAAUCAUUGAGUAUGUUGAUACUUUACAAGCUACAUCUGGUCCAGCUUUAGUCCCAGAGAAAGCUUCGCUGGUGGGUCAACAAGUGGCCAAGUUUCAGGAAAGCUUAGAAAAGAUUCCAGUGGAUGUUAUUUCAUAUGGCAUCAUUUUCCAUCCUCAGUUGUCUGAAGGAGGUUGUCAGCUGCCUGUUGCCAUACAGAGAAGCAUGAGAGAAAACUUUGCUAAAAGGUUGAGGUAUCUGAUCACACUGUCUACCAUCUACCCUGACUUACGAGAUUGCUAUCUUGCUAAAAGUCAAACAGCAGCUGAGAAAUAUGAUUUAAUCACAGAUGAAGAUAAAGUAAGAAAUCACAUUGAACAGUUGCGCAAUUUUUUAUCAAACGUAGAAGGAGAGUUGAGACAAAGAUACAGCCUUGACCAGGAAGAGACAUCAAAGCAAGAAAAUAUGUAUCUAUUUGGAGAUUCACUGACCAUUGCAGACAUAGGAUUGUAUGUGCUAAUCACUCGACUGCAGCUUUUGGGUUUGUUGCCACAUUGUGUGCCCUCGUCAAGAUUUCCACUAACACACAGACAUUACACCCUGUUAUCAGCGCGUCCAUCCAUCAGUCAACUCCUAGAUGAAGUAUCUAAACUAAGAUACACACUGUUGUAUGAGGACAUUAAAGCUUCAGGUACCUAUGUGGCCCUAGCUCUGGGUGCUGGGUUAGUUCUCCUAGCAGCUUACUAUCUGGUUAAGAAAAUUAAGUCGCCUUAGUGGUUUAUUUUAUUGGUUACAUUUUUAAAACUUUUAGCGAAUUACCCAAAAAGCUGACAUUACUUGGCUAACUAUACAAAAUUAUUCUUGGUACUAAAAUAAAUUAUAUUAUUUUGAACUUUGUAAAGUAAGAAAAAAACAAUUUUUAAAAAUAAAACUUUUAUUUCUAUACGUUGCAUGUUCAUUUUUUUUUUACAGAAUUGUGCCAUAAUUCCUAAAGUUUUGCUAAAUCUUAUCUCAGACCUAAAUGAAAUAUUUUGAAUUGUAAUAUAUGUUUUUUUUAAACCAAUUAGAAACAGCCUAUAAAUCAAUCCUAAUCAGAAAUGGGGUUGUGCAAUGAUAUUGUAAUUGUAACCAGUGUUUUAUUAAAACAUUUUUUUAUAACUUAAUUGGUUACACAUAAACUUUAAAAACUAUAUCUUCAUGUUGAAUGUAGGCCUACUUAUUGUUUAGUGUGAAUUUUGUUUUUUGCUCCCAAACACAUUUUGCUCACUUUACUAUUGAAUUUUUUAAAAACAAAUCAAUAGAAUUAUUUUAAUCAACAGUUUUAAUGAAAUAAAUUUUUUUAGCACUAGUUUGAAAAUGUAUUGACCAACCAAUGAAGGUUGAUGCCUUACAGCCUUUAUUCAAGAAAUUAAAAAGAAAUGUAUAUAUAUAUAUAUAUAUAUUUUGGAACAGUUAUUAAAAUGGAAUAUAAUAUUGGAUGCAAAUUAUUUUGUACUAAUAGUUUGGUAAUCAAAAUUGUAUUCAAGUCAUUGGUGCCAAAAUAAUAGUGAUGCUUUGUUUACAAGUUUAUCUAAAAAAUUAUCAUUCCCUCAUACCUUUUGUUUUUAGCAAUAUCCUUAUUUUAUUUGGUUUCCCAUUUAGUUUAGAUGGGUAUUUUUAAAUUUGUAGUUAGUAAAUGUAUUUUUGUUUAUUAUAUACAAACUCAAUAUGUAAAUGCUAUAAAUGGAUAGAUAUUCCAUGAAAAUCAACAAAUGAGCACUUUUUAUUCUCCCUCCAGUAUGUUCAGUGUUUGUAUAUACUUUGCUUUCAUGAUGCACUUUUUUUCAGAUCACAUCUUUGCAUAAUUGAAACCUUUUUCUUAAUGCUCAUUGUAAAAGAAUCCUAUACCACCAUUUAAAAAAAAAUUUUAAACUUUCCUUCUGGGUAAGAAAAUAGUUGUAAACAAAAAAAGAAAGUUCGGAAGAAAGUUAAAUCUUUAUGAAAUGUGUUUCAUGUAACUUUUUCUGGCUUAAUGUUCAUGUGAAGCUUUGGGAAGUAAUUGCAAACUGAAUACCACUUUUGAGGCAUAAUAAAUUAAACUCUGCAACUGA